AAAACUCAAACAAACUUAAAUUUUGAUAUCUGAGUCUAGACAUGAUUGUUGUUCUAAGUUAAAGAUAACCUACUAGUUACAAUCAAUUAUGAAGAUUUUGUCACAAGUUUCAGUAUUUGUGGCAGUGACUGCUUUUUCUUAUCUUGUACGGAAAACCGACUGUCUGGAUUGUUUUACCUGUAUAAAUGCAACUGCAAUACCACAAUGUAAAGCUACAAGAACAUGUUCGUCUGGAGAGGUAUGUUACGCAGAACACACUCAUUCGGCAACUGGUAAUGUAUUUUCGUUUGGAUGCAGACCAGCGAAAAUGUGUUCAAAUUUGAUGACAACACCAACCGCAAUUACGGGGUCACUAGUGGGUCGGUCUUCUCCUACGGACUCAACUUGCACGGAGUGUUGCAUGGACCAAAACUGUAACAGACAGCUGUGUCAGAACUCCUAUCCGCACUGUAAAGACAGCCCAAAGGCCAAUUGUGCAGUGGUUGGAGCUAUGUUAAAUAUAUGUUUGGAUACACAGCAUGCAAAAAUUUCCUGUCGCAGAUUUUGUGGAUUGUGUAAUUAUUACGACGGCUCUUGGGCAAGUUGGAUGGCAUGGUCAAAGUGUGACGUUACAUGUGGAAAGGGAGUCCAAUCACGUUCAAGGACUUGCACAGAGCCAUCUCCGUCAGGUGGUGGGUUAGAUUGUGUUGGUAAUUUACACAACACUAAAUCUUGUGAACUAUCGCCAUGCCCUGUUCACGGCGGAUGGUCUGGUUGGGCCUCUUGGGGUAGCUGUAGUGUAACCUGUGGAAUCGGAAUGCAACGAAGAGACAGAUCGUGCUCUAAUCCUUAUCCGAGUAGAUGUGGAAAUCAUUGCUUUGGAGAAUCAAGAGAUGACAGGAUUUGUUUAACUAAAGCUUGCCAAGACGGUGGGUGGUCAUCGUGGAAUGUUUGGACCAGGUGUAGUGCAACAUGUGGCGAGGGAAUAAAAACCCGAACGCGGCUCUGUGACAAUCCUUUGCCAUCAUUACUCGGGCAAUACUGUGUGGGGGAACCAUUUGAAGUGAGCUUAUGUAACGAUAAACAUUGCCAAGUUACAAAUGGUGCCUGGGGGCAGUGGACAUAUUGGUCAACGUGCACUCUAAAUUGUAAAUUAGGAAUACAAUCUCGACACAGGAAUUGUAAUAAUCCGGAACCUUCUAUUGGAGGAAACAUGUGCACUGGCAGCUCAUUUGAAAUAGCACAAUGUGACGGGAAGACGUCCUGUGAAAUUAUGGAUGGUACCUGGAGUAUAUGGUCGUCAUGGAAUUAUUGCCACCCAACUGGACCGAGCUAUGAAAAGGAUCGAUAUCGAAUUUGCGAAAAUGGGACUGUGUGCUUUGGAAAAAGUAGAGAGUAUAGAGUUUGUGGUUAAUGAAUAAUAAUUCACUACUGUCUUAAACUACAUAAUUAUUCAGUUUCAUUCGUGAAUUUUUGAAUUUAUAGAUUGAGAGAAAUAACACAUCGGUCUUUGACGAAACGAUACAUGAGAUAAUAAAUCAAACAUUGAUGACAAUCGCGAUUAUAUGAAUGCUUUCGAUUCCAGGCAUUUAGGUAUCUUCUUUUUCCAAACAACAACAACUGGUUGCGCUUAAUGCUUUGAAAUGUGAGUUAUUUAAAAAAGCUCAACAAAACAUGAAUUUUUGACCUACUGACGCCAUGUUGUUUUAUUGUCC